UUUGAAUUUGACAAGGCGCAUCAUUGGCGCUCUCUGUCGGCGAAUUGAAAACGCUAAGUUUUCCCAUUCUACAUACAGUUGUUUGAUCGAAGGUGGGUAGUAGGGAUAAAACUGCGGCAUAGGUAACGUAAUGCGCAUCAGUCAGUUGUUUUGAAGCGGUCGUACGUGUCACUUGGAUUACUUGAUUUGCGAUUAACACAGUGUUUUUCUUUUUCUUUAUCACUCGUAGAUACGAUUGAGAUCGUGUUUAAAAGCUGAUAUAAGAUAAUAUCGUAAUAUUUCGGUGACAGGCCGUGUGAGAUAUUUAAUCAUAAAUUAUUAGUGAGAUUUAAAAUAACGUUUGGUGAGAGUGUUGUUUUCGAACGACCUCGUCUUAUUCAUUUUAUCCUCGUUUCUAUUUAUUAUUAUUGCAAAAAAUUAAUGAUACCAAGAUCGUUAAAUCAUCGAAUUCGUUUCUAAGAAGGAUGUUUGAUCGCGACACAGCGAUACAUCUCAUUGCCGGAGGUGUUGCUGGUACAACAGGAGCUAUAGUGACCUGUCCCCUCGAAGUGGUUAAGACACGUUUACAAUCCUCUUCGUCUGGCUUCCACCCGCCACCAGUGAAUAAAGAGUUUACGUCCGGUCAUGUCACGUGUAAAAGUUUUCCAACACCGGAGCAAAGGAGGAGAUUGUGUACCGGAGGAUAUCCAAGGUGUUCCUUUCUGGCUCUUUCACAUUGUGGCGUGUCGACACCACCAGGUGGUAGUCCACACGCUUAUCCAACACCCGGUAUUAUCCAGUGUAUAAGAUACAUCAUUAAGAAUGAAGGUGUGCGUGCCCUUUUCCAAGGUCUCGGACCAAAUCUCGUUGGUGUUGCACCUUCUAGGGCAAUCUACUUCUGUGCAUAUUCAAAAAGCAAAAUUGCUUUUAACACGAUACUACCUCCGGAUACUCCGAUAGUCCACGUAUUUUCGGCAUUUUGCGCUGGUUUUGUGGCAUGCACAUUGACAAAUCCUAUUUGGUUUAUCAAAACUAGACUUCAGCUGGAUCAUCGAACGAACAAAAUCACUUCGAUAGAAUGUAUGCGGAGGAUAUAUCGACAGUCGGGUUUCCUAGGCUUUUAUAAGGGUAUUGUGGCGUCCUACGUAGGUAUAAGUGAGACUGUGAUACACUUUGUGAUUUACGAAGCUGUAAAGGCAUGGCUUGCGGCAAGGACGAGAGUUCCUUCUUCAAGAGGAGACGAUAGAAAAACCUUACGUGACUUUGUAGAAUUUAUGGUAGCUGGUUCGUUUUCCAAAACAAUCGCUUCAACGUUAGCUUAUCCUCAUGAAGUGGCAAGAACACGUUUACGCGAGGAAGGUACAAAGUAUCGAACCUUUGGUCAAACUUUAAACACCGUAUAUAAUGAAGAAGGAACCAGGGGUUUGUACCGUGGACUUGGAACUCAUUUGGUAAGACAGAUUCCAAAUACAGCUAUAAUAAUGGCCACUUACGAAGCUGUAGUCUACAUCCUGACGCGACAUUUCCAUUCAACCACUGUAAAUACAACGAACACAAGGACACAGUUUUAUGCUGAGACUAAAGCAAAGAGGGAAUUGGCCUAGGAUUUGCUAAAAGGUCCUGAAUAAAGGGCCUUCGUUCUAAAUGCUAAGAUUCGUGUUCUGAGGGCCACGUUUCAUCAGGUUUUCAUUGUCCUCCUCCUGCUCUUCAUCCUCAUUAUCAUCGAGGAAAUAUUUAGAGAUACCAUGGAAGAGAUGAUGAUGGUGAGAAGUCCUUUGGAGCACAAUUACGAUUGUUACAUUGAAAGUAGCAACAAAAGGUACCACGACGUAGAACAACGCCUCAAUCCUCUAGAAAGUCUAGCAAAAAAAGUAGUCCUUCAUCCUUUCAGGUAGCGACUAAAACGCAUACGCAUGGAAUCCUGUUGUCUUGUGUACCUUGUAUACCAAACGGGUCAAUACCAAGUGAGGGCUGAUUUAAAGCUGGAACAAUGUGCUGACACACGUUGCUUUUUUUCCUUUUUUCUUCUAUCUCUAUCUUUAUCUUUAUCUUUUUCUCUUUCUCUUUCUCUCUCUCUCUC